UUAACUUAAUUGAUGACAAUGUGAAACUGCUGCCUAUAAAUAGCAGGUGUUCAGAGUCACUUUCAAACGAAAGUAUCAGAACUACCUGAAGUACCAGUGAAGGUAUACAGCAGUCCGUCUAAAAAUGAAGCUGAUAUUCGUCGUACUUGCGGUUUGCAUUUCUGUCGCCAUGGCAGAUGAAGGCACAGAAGUUAAUGAAGCGUGCGCAUGUCCAAAGAUUCUCGAACCGGUAUGUGGUGCAGAUGGCGAGACCUAUGACAACGACUGUAUGAGGCAGUGCAAUGAUGUUCGCCUGCUCCACAAUGGCAAGUGUGAGAACGAUCUGUGUGUCUGUACGAUGGACUACAAGCCUGUGUGUGGCGAUGACGGGGAAACGUACAUCAACGACUGCAGCAGAAAGUGCAAGGGAGUGAACUUGGCACGUGAGGGCGACUGUGACAGUUAGGAUGAUCAAUGCAGCAAAACCGCUAUGAUAUUUGUCCACCUCAAUUUCACUUUUUUUUCAAAAUAUUUUAACUAUUGUGCUCAAUUAAUUAUCAAUUUAAUUCAACCUUGUUAGUUAAGAUUCUAAUAAAAAAACGAUCUUGAAGUUGAGAAUGAAA